AUGGCGAUGGCUGUGGCUCAUCAUCAGCACAGGGAGAGUAGCAGUGGUAGUAGUAUAAACAAGCAUCUUAAUGAUGCUGGGAAAUAUGUGCGUUACACUUCUGAGCAAGUUGAGGCUCUUGAACGAGUCUAUGCCGAGUGCCCGAAGCCGAGUUCUUUGAGAAGGCAGCAGUUGAUCCGAGACUGCCCCAUUCUUUCGAAUAUAGAGCCAAAGCAGAUCAAAGUCUGGUUUCAGAACCGCAGAUGUCGAGAAAAACAGAGAAAAGAGUCUUCGAGGCUUCAGACUGUUAACAGGAAAUUAUCAGCAAUGAAUAAGCUGCUUAUGGAGGAGAAUGAUCGACUGCAAAAACAGGUGUCUCAGCUUGUUUGUGAGAAUGGGUACAUGCGCCAGCAGCUGCAUACUGCACCAGCAACUGAUGCAAGCUGCGACUCUGUGGUUACAACUCCUCAGCAUUCUCUCAGAGAUGCUAAUAAUCCUGCUGGACUCCUCUCCAUAGCGGAGGAGACCUUGGCAGAGUUCCUUUCUAAGGCUACAGGAACUGCUGUCGAUUGGGUCCAGAUGCCUGGGAUGAAGCCUGGUCCGGAUUCAGUUGGGAUCUUUGCUAUUUCACAAAGUUGCAGUGGAGUGGCAGCUAGAGCCUGUGGUCUUGUAAGUUUAGAGCCUACGAAGAUUGCAGAGAUCCUUAAAGAUCGUCCAUCUUGGUUCCGGGACUGUCGGAGCCUCGAAGUCUUUACUAUGUUUCCUGCUGGAAACGGAGGGACUAUAGAACUCAUAUAUACUCAGACAUAUGCUCCAACUACACUGGCUCCUGCAAGGGAUUUUUGGACCCUAAGAUACACUACUAGUUUAGACAAUGGCAGUUUCGUGGUCUGUGAGAGAUCGCUUUCUGGUUCUGGUGCUGGUCCCAGUGGAGCUUCUGCUGCCCAGUUUGUUAGAGCUGAAAUGCUUCCUAGUGGUUAUCUGAUUCGACCAUGUGAGGGUGGAGGAUCAAUUAUUCAUAUUGUUGACCACCUGAACCUUGAGGCUUGGAGUGUGCCAGAAGUGCUGCGACCGCUUUAUGAAUCGUCCAAAGUUGUUGCACAAAAAAGGACUAUUGCGGCAUUGCGUUACAUCAGGCAAAUAGCUCAGGAGACAAGUGGUGAAGUUGUCUACAGUUUGGGCAGGCAGCCCGCUGUUCUGCGAACUUUUAGCCAAAGAUUAAUCAGAGGCUUUAAUGAUGCUGUCAAUGGAUUUAAUGAUGAUGGCUGGUCAUUGAUCAACUGUGAUGGUGCUGAAGACAUUAUAAUGGCCGUAAAUUCAACCAAGAAUUUGACUACUACGAAUCCUGCUAAUUCCUUUGCUUUUCUUGGUGGUAUUCUGUGUGCAAAGGCUUCCAUGCUACUCCAAAAUGUUCCUCCAGCUGUCCUGGUUCGUUUCUUGAGGGAGCAUCGUUCAGAGUGGGCUGAUUUCAAUGUUGAUGCCUAUUCUGCUGCAUCUUUGAAAUCUGGUUCAUAUGCGUACCCAGGGAUGAGGCCAACAAGGUUUACUGGGGGCCAAAUCAUCAUGCCACUUGGUCACACCAUUGAACAAGAAGAGUUGCUUGAAGUUGUUCGUCUUGAAGGCCAUUCUUUCUCACAAGAAGAAGCAUUUGCAUCACGGGACAUUCAUCUCUUACAGAUAUGUAGUGGAGUUGAUGAGAAUGCUGUUGGAGCCUGUUCAGAGCUUUUUUUUGCUCCAAUUGAUGAGAUGUUUCCAGAUGAUGCUCCGUUGCUUCCCUCUGGUUUCCGCAUUAUUCCUUUGGAAUCAAAAACAAGUGAUUCAAAAGAUGCCUUGGCUACACAUCGUACAUUAGAUCUGACAUCCAGUCUUGAAGUGGGCUCAACAACAAACCAUAAUGCUGGAGAUUUGAAUUCAUUUCAUAACACUCGAUCAGUAUUGACUAUUGCCUUCCAGUUUCCGUUCGAGAGUAGUCUACAGGAUAAUGUUGCAUCCAUGGCACGCCAAUACGUACGAAAUGUCAUCUCAUCAGUGCAGAGAGUUGCGAUGGCUAUAUCUCCAUCAGGAUUGAGUCCGUCCAUGGGACCAAAACUAUCUCCUGGCUCUCCAGAAGCUCUAACACUGGCUAACUGGAUCUGCCAGAGCUAUAGUUAUCAUUUAGGGGCAGAACUGCUGCAGCCAGAUUCCUUGGGUGGUGACUCGAUGUUAAAACAUCUAUGGCAUCAUCAAGAUGCGAUUUUGUGUUGUUCAUUGAAGUCGGUGCCGGUUUUUAUCUUUGCCAACCAGGCUGGGCUUGACAUGCUAGAGACUACUCUUGUUGCUCUGCAGGACAUCUCAUUAGAUAAGAUAUUUGAUGAGUCUGGACGUAAGACAUUGUGCACCGACUUCGCUAAACUGAUGCAGCAGGGAUUUGCUUACUUGCCAGCUGGGAUUUGCAUGUCUACAAUGGGGCGCCAUGUCUCAUAUGAACAAGCCAUUGGAUGGAAAGUUCUUUCUGGAGAAGACAAUUCUGUUCAUUGCCUUGCUUUCUCGUUUGUAAACUGGUCUUUUGUGUGAACAUGUUAGCUGACUUAAGUUAUUCAUCCAAUUAAACACCUUUCUUCCACUUGACAUGGAAAUGAAAUCUGAAAAGGAUGAAUAUGGAAAAGGAAAAGUAGACCAAAAGUUUUGUAAUUUCCAU